AUGCGCAAUGCGAGCGGCAGCAGCUGGUGUUCCCGUGUGGCGGUGCUGCAGCAAGUGCUUGGCCCGCAGGCUUCUCCUCAUGGCUCCGGCUUCGGCUUCGGCUUCGGCUUCCACCAGCAGCGGCUUGGUGACGCUUCUUCUUCUUCCCCCGGCGGCAUGCAACCAGCCGGUGCAGUGAUGCCGCCUCUCCUCUUCCGCGCCCUCGCGUCGCUCAACCUCCUCCUGCUCGUCGGCUACCUCCUGCUCCUCCUCCUCGCCAAGCUCUUCGCGCGCCUGCACCACAGGGCCACCGCCAAGGACCGGACAGGUAGUUGGUAUGACGGCCGCUGCGACCACCGCACGGAGGCCAUGGCCACCGAUGAAGCAGAGUACGCCGCCGCCGACGCCGAUGUCGGCGAAGGACAACAAGCGGACAUGCUGUUCUGGUUCGACGAGGCCGUGUUCGAGGACAGCACCCUGCUGCUUGGCGACGAAGGAAAGGAUCACCACCACCUGUACGCCGCUACAGCCACUGCACGUUGCUUGCAGGUGGAGAGCAACUUUCCCGUGGAGGAAUCUGCCCGCAUCUCGCCGCGCAACCAGAAGUUCCGAGUGGAUGUCGAAGCCGAACCGACGCAGCACGUGCAGGAGGAGGCCAAGGGCAUCGCCGUCGAUGUCCCGACGACGACGGUCCUGGAAACGGAACAGCGGAGUGCUCCUGCUCCGGCCGUCGUAUCACCGGAGAAUGUCUCCAUCGAAGGGAACAAGCAGGAGGAAAGCAACAGAACAGGAGAAGGCGCUCGUCGCGAUGCCGACGCCGACCGUGCCGAGCACGAAAAGGAGGGACCGCCGCAGGGGAAGAAGAGCUUUUCUGAUGAAGGCCAGCAUGACGUCAAGCUGUUCGUCAACAACCGCGCGCUCGCCGACACCAGGAAGCUCCUGCUGGAGGGCGGCGUGGUGGCUGGAGGAGGAGGAGGAGGAGGAGGAGGAGCGAAGGCGGCGCAUCUGCAGGAUGAGAACGACGACAAGGACAAGAACGGGGACAGCAGCCGGUUCGGCGCGUCGACGCUGACGAGCGAGUCGACGUCCAAGAGCUCGGUGGAGUGGCAGCAGAGCUCGACGGUGACCAAGGACUCGGAGACGGAGUACCCCUUCUCGUCGUCGUCGCGCCGGAGCUCGGCGCGGUGGGAGUCGUACACGCUCUUCCGCAAGUACGACGAGGACAUGGUCUACUUCCACCGCGUCGGCGCCCAGAAACUCACCGAAACAGAGUCGUUCCGGUCCAUCAAGUACCAGCCACGGUCCAUGUCGGAGCGGAUCGUGCACAAGCUGACGCCCAAACCGAGCGCCCCUAAGCCCAUCGGGCUGCGGGACCCGUACCCGGAGCUGGAGCGCGCGUACGUGGCGCAGGUGUGCCUCACGUGGGAGGCCCUCAACUGGAACUACACCAGCUUCCGGCGGCACAACGGCAGCGACGGCAACAUCGCGGCGCGGUGCUGCCCGGCGCGCGUGGCGCAGGAGUUCCAGCAGUUCCAGGUGCUGCUGCACCGCUUCAUCGAGAACGAGCCGUACGAGUGCGGCCGCCGGCCCGAGGUGUACGCGCGGAUGAAGAACUCCACGCCCAAGCUGCUCCUCGUCCCGGAGUUCAGAGACGAGGAUGACGAGAAGGAUGAUCUGAUAUCGGCAGUGCAGUUCCUGCUGAUACUGGAGGAGUCCAUCAGGACGUUCAUGACGUUCCUCCGGGCCGACAAGAGGAGCCACUACGAGAUGUUCAGAGAGAUGGUGAAGAGGAGGGCGAGCGCCAUGGAUCAGACUCUGGUCGUCAUCACACUCAAGAAAGCCAACAAGAAAAAGAAGAGCCGGCUCAAGGACCUGACGCGGCCGCGGCGGUGCCUGAAGAGGACGAGGCUGAGGGAGGAGGAGGAGCUGUCCAUCCUGCUGGGCCUGAUCGACCUCGAGGUGGUGGCGCGGGUGUUGCGCAUGCCGGAGGUCACCGACCAGCAGCUGCACUGGUGCGAGGAGAAGAUGAACAGGGUCCGGAUCGAUCUGGAGGGCAAGAUGCAGAGGGACCCUACCCCUCUUUUCUACCCUGCACAUUGA